AUGAGUGUUGUUGUUGCUCUGGAGCAUCUCUGGGUGCUGCUGAUGUCUAAUGCAUUUCUGUUUCCACAUUUUCCUGGCUCUCCUGACAAAGAAGACAGUUGCAGUAAAGCAAGAACAGAGCGUGGAAGAGGAAAGUUAAAACCACGACAUAAGUUUACCAAGGAUGACCUGAAGAUACUUCAACAAUCAUUUGAACAGGAUCGUUAUCCAGAUUUCACAACCAAGGAAACUCUGGCCCAAGAGUGCAGGUGCACAGUGUAUGUGAUUGAAAACUGGUUUCAGAACAGAAGAGCAAGGCUAUCAAAAUUUAGAGACAAAAGUUUUGGCACCAAGAGAAUGCACAAGAGCCAAGACUACAUACUUACAGGACACCAAGAUACCCAGGGGCAAGCUCCCAAUUACAGUGUUGAGCAGGUCUCUUAUCACCAGCUUCUGGUGAAUGCUAUGGUCCAAAGCAAUAGAAUGAGAUCAGGUGGAGCUGUGUGCUAUCAAGGUACCAGUGGAACUGGAUCUUCUUUCACCUUCAAACCAACAGACUUUACUCCUCCCCCUAUGUGUGUGCAGUUUUAUAAGGGUGAUUGA